UCCCUGCUGGCUGCAUCUGCAGGUCCUGCCGCGCUCCUGGUACCCGUGACGCUGCCCUAGAUGGGAGCCCUGCGCCCCUGGUCCGGGAGGCAGAGCCUUCCAGUGCCCACGUGUGCGCUCACCCCCUGCAUUCCUAUUUCUCAAUUUUGGGGGUAAGAAGGAACGAUGCCCACUAAAAGGGCACUGAGCCUCCCUCUCUGCCAACGACCCCUCGAAAGGACCCCGUGGUCAGGGUUCCUGAGUACCCCAAGGCUGGAGAUAGAAGAGCCAGAGCCAAGAGAGUUUCCCGGAUCCGGCGUCCCCACCCAGCCCGCCACCCUCGGAGCCCCUGCCCAUCAUCAGGUUCGAAGGUACUCAGUUGGAUGUAUUUUAGCACUAUCGUCACGCUAAAGGAACUAAGUCCUGGCAGGAAAGGCUCGGACAAUGGCGAUGGACAAAACACACAUUUGUACUUUACUGCUUUUGCAUGGUGUUUCUGUAAGAACUGCAGGACGCAGCCAGGCCCCGCCUCCUGCGGUCUUUGAGCGCGUGGUCCGGACUUCGCCGGAUGUUUGAUGGCGUCGCCUAGCAACGAGAGAUGGCGGAGCCGGAGGACCAAGCGGACGGCAGGUCACACCUGGAAGAGAAGCAAGCUUCUGCAGAAGAGGAGAAGGAACAGGAGCACACUGAAGACCAUGAGGUGUCACCACCAAUGGAAAACAAUGGCCAAGAAAUUGAUGAGGGUGGAGAUGCCACCAAGGGUCCUCAAGAGGGCAUUGGGACAGAAGAUGAAGGCAGAUUUGAAGGAGAAAUGGCAGAUGAUGAGACAGUCGGGACUGAAGGAGAAGCCAUCCAUGAAGGGGAAAUGGAAUCCAGUGGAGAGGCUCCCCAAGAAACAGAAAUGGAACCCAUUGGAGAGAGUGCCCCAGAUAUGGAAGUGGAAUCCAUUGGAGAGGCUCCUCAAGAAACAGAAGUAGAAUUCAUUGGAGAGGCUGCUCCAGAAACGGAAGUCGAAUCCCUUGGAGAGGCUCCUCAAGAAACGGAAGUCGAAUUCAUUGGAGAGGCUGCUCCAGAAACGGAAGUCGAAUCCCUUGGAGAGGCUCCUCAAGAAACGGAAGUCGAAUCCGUUGGAGAGGCUGCUCCAGAAAUGGAAGUCGAAUCCGUUGGAGAGGCCCCACCAGAAAUAGACAUAGAAUCCACUCGAAAGAUCAUAGCAGAAAUGGACUUGGACUCCAUUGGAGAGGCCAUCCUGGGAGUGAACUUGGACUCCAUUGAAGAUGCCAUACCAGAAAGAAAAGUCGAAUUUACUGGAGAGGCCAUUCCUCAAGGGGAUGUGGAAUCGACUGGAUACACCAUCCCAGAAGGGGACCUGGAAGUUUCUGGGAGAGAAGGGUUGGAAGAGUAUACGUUCUCUGAGACGGACGAGUUCUCUGAAAGGAUCGGCACUCCUGAAUUCACCUAUUCAGACAUCAGUCCCUGGGAAAUGACUGAAGAGGAAGCAAAUGCUGCCUAUCUGUAUGAAAGACCCAGAUCUGCUGAGGCGUCCCAGAGAGCCUUUGGCACAUAUGAGACCGUAGAACCCCGAAGGGAGAGCAGGCCGAGACCCCCAGAGGUCCCUGUUCAGAGAGUCUUUCCUAUGGGAACACAACAUCGCUUCAAACUGAGCAUCGUGGGAAGUCUGACUUCCUCAGAGAUUGAUGAUUUCUCCCCGGACGAAAUUCCUGGGCAAGGAUCAGCGCAACCCCCACCUGGCCCCCGGGAAGAAACCCGGAUACAGUUUCAAGACCAUGUCCGGCCCCUCAGCCCUGAGGAAGAGACCCUGAUGGAAAGAGCAGCGUCCGAAGGGAGUGAAGAGGCAGAUGACGAGGGCUCCCAACUGGUGGUUCUGGACCCAGACCAUCCCCUGAUGAUCAGAUUCCAGGAGGCCCUGAAGAGCUACCUCAACCGGCAGAUGGACAAACUGAGACUGGACAUCCAAGAGCUGGAUGUGGCCACCAAGCAAACCCGAGUCCAGAGGCAGGAGCUGGGCGUGAACCUCUACGGAGUCCAGCAGCACCUGGCCCGCCUGCAGAUGCAGCUGGAGAAGAGUCAUGACCGGCACUCGCUGGCUGCGUGUGAGAGGAGGCGGAAGGAGGAGGAGCUCCAGGCCGCCCGGGCCCUCUACAUCAAGACCUGCGCAGCUGCCAACGAGGAGCGAAGGAAAUUGGCAGCCCUGCAGAAGGAGCUGGAGAGCCUGGCUCUGCACCUCUUCUACAUGCAGAACAUAGACCAGGACGUGCGUGAUGACAUCCUUGUGAUGAAGCAGGUGGUGAAGAAGACCGAGACAGAGAAGAUGCGUGCUGAGAUAGAGAAGAAAAAGCAGGAUCUGUUUGUGGACCAGCUCACCGAAAGGGCGCACCAGCUGGAAGAAAACAUCUCCCUGUUUUCGGCUCAGUACAUGUCCCAGGCUGAGGACACUCGGAUCCUAAGGAAGGCAGUGAGUGAGGCCACCACUGAGAUUGACAUCAUUGCUGUGGAGAAGAAGCGUAUCCUACAGCAGUGGACCACCAGCCUAGUGGGCAUGAAGCACCGGAAUGAGGCGUACAAGACCGUGCUGGACGCGCUCAGGGAGUGUGAGCAUCAGAUCAAGUCCAUAGACGGUGAGAUCGAAGCCUAUAAGAGGUCCAUCAUGAAGGAGGAGGUGAAGAAUGAGAAUCUGGCCCGCCUCCUGAACCGCUCAGAGACAGAAGCCAUGCUAGUACAGAAAAUGACCACCCAGUGCUUAACCAAGCAAGAGGUCCUGCAGAACGAGUUCAACACCUACCAGCUCGCCCUGCAGGACACCGAGGAAAUGCUGAACAAGGGCCACGUGGAACACUCAGCGGUCGUGAGCGAACUACAGGUUGCCCGCCAGGCUGUCCGUCAAGAGCAGGAGCUACGGCAAAAGAUGGAUGCCUCCAUCAUGGACAAGCUGCAGGAACAUGGGACCUCCAGCAAGAUGACCAUGUACUUUCAACAGCUCCUUCGGAAGCUGCAGAAGGAAAAUACCAACCUGGUAACACAUCUUUCCAAACUUGACGGCGACAUUGCUCAGGCCACCCUGGACAUCACCAACACCAGCUGCAAAGUAGACAUGCACAAGAAGACGCUGGCAGAGCUGGACAAAGAGGUGAAGCGGUUCAAUGACCUCAUCACCAACAGCGAGAGUGAGAUCGUCCGGCGCACCAUCCUCAUCGAGAGGAAGCAGAGUCUCAUCAACUUCUUCAACAAGCAGCUGGAGCAGAUAGUGUCUGUGCUGGGGGGGGAAGAAGCUGGACCCCUGGAGCUGGAGAUCAAAAGGCUGUCGAAGCUCUGUGAGGAGAACAACGCGGCAGUGGCGGAGGCGCAGAUGGCGUGGCUGCGGCUGCAGCAGGAACUGGUCCAGGUCACACACGAACGCGAGGAGCAGCUGGUGUCCCUGGACCAACUUAACAAGGAGCUGCACAUUAUGGAGCAAAAGAAGCUCCGCGUAGAGAACAAGAUUGAGCAAGAGAAGAGAGAACAGAAGGAGAUCCACCGCCACAUGAAGGACCUGGACAACGACCUGACCAAGCUCAACCUGCUGAUGGACAAGAACCGGUGCAACUCAGACCAGCUGCAGCAAAGCAACCUGGUGGCCGAGACAGAGUUCGUGCGCACACUAAAGGCUGCAGAGAAGGAGACCAUCCAAAUGCAAGAAAAGCUGACGCAGCUCCGUGAGGAAAAGACCACCCUCCUCAACAGCCUAGUGGAGGCAGAACACCAGAUCAUGCUCUGGGAGAAAAAAAUCCAACUGGCAAAAGAGAUGCGUGCUUCAGUGGAUUCUGAGACCGGGCAGACAGAGAUCCGUGCCAUGAAGGCUGAGAUCCACAGGAUGAAGGUCAAGCACGGGCAGCUGAUGAAGCAGCAAGAGAAGAUGAUCCAUGACAUGGAGCUGGCUGUGAGCCGCAGGGAGACCAUCGUGACCCAGGCCGAAGGGCAGAGCAAGAUAGACAAGAAGGUUGUCACCAGAACAGACUUCUACUUCCAGCAGAACGAGCUGCGAAGGAAAAUCAGGGACACGCAGAAGGCCACAGAGGACUGCAACAAGACCAUCUCAGAACUGGAAGAAACUCAAAAACUCCUGAGCAGCUCCCUUCAGGAGAAGCAGCAGACCCUGUCAGAUAUGCAGGGUAACACAGACGUUCUGGAGGACGAGAUCAACCAUCUCACAGCUCUCAAACGGCAGAACCUUUUGGAUAUUGUGGCCCUGCAGACACGUGCCAAGUACCUGCAGGCUGUAAUUGACGGGAAGUACGUGUUCCUACACCGCAACAGCAAGUCCCAGAUGCUGGAGCGCAAGCGCCUGGACAUGCGGCUGUCCCAGCUCAGUAAUGUCCUCUCCCAAGUGCAGGAAGAUUACCCCCAUUUCCAGGACAUGCUGCAUAAGGUUCAACAGAAGAUUGCCAGCAAGCGGGCGCCCCCAGAGCCCUCCUAGACAGCACUUGGCCCCGCACCUGCCAAGGCUGCCCGAAAGGAGAUCCAGGGAAUCCCCCUCAUGUUCUGAAAAGCCAUGUGUCCCCUAGAAUGACACCCUGCUUGAGAAACACUGAACAACACUCUGCUGUUCACACCAGGUGAGCAUGCCUGCUUGCAGAGGAAUGACCUGGGCAUAAAAAUCCAUUCUUUCCUGCUGGGCUUACCCAUCCAGACAAAGACAUUCUGUUGGCAGUUCCACAGUCUGCACCUGACACCCCUGUCACACUGUCCUGGGACAGGGCCUCGGUUUUGUGGAACACGUAAUGGAGAGAGGGCCCCAAGGAAGCCAGGCACAAGGUAGACGGCUUCAGCCCUCAAAUGUCUGCUCUAGCCCGUCUGAAACCCGCAUUCUGGUUCCCCAUCCCCACCCACAGGAAGCUCAGCCUUCUCCUGCCCCCACCUCCCGGGAAGCCUUAAAACAGGUUGAAACCCAAAGAUCAAAGCCAAGGAUCCCAGAGCUCCAUGGAGGGCGGAUGUCUAUGGAGGCAGUGACCACUUCCUCCAUAAAGGGCACCUGUCUCUCAUCCCCCGACCCCUGACCUCUCUCUUCACCUCUGCCUCCCCUACCCUGGAUUUCUGAGCACCCACUGGUUGCCUUUUUGCUUCUGUAGAUGUGAAAUGGAAAAUGUCCUGUAGAAUAAUUUCAGUUUUAAACUUUACAGAAGAAAAAUAAACUUUAUGAAAGCUG